CUCUGCUCUCAGCCAGGAGAAGAAACGGAUCCUGGACCCGUCGGGGGACUAUUAUUACUGGUGGCUGGUCACCAUGGUGUUUCCCAUCAUGUACAACUGGAUCAUCCUCAUCUGCAGGUCCUGCUUCCCUGAGCUGCAGCGCAAAUACCUCUUCCUCUGGCUGGCCCUGGACUACCUCUGCGACCUGCUGUACCUGCUGGACAUUGGGGUCCACUUCUACACUGGGUUCCUGGAGCAAGGCAUCCUCAUCCAGGACCGCUCCCAGAUCUCGCGCCACUACACCUGCUCCUCCGCCUUCCUGCUGGACCUCCUCUCGGUGCUGCCCACCGACCUCCUCUACCUGCGCCUGGGCCUGGCCACCCCCGCCGUCCGGGCCAACCGCUUCCUGCGCAGCCCCCGCCUCUUCGAGGCCUUUGACCGCAUCGAGACGCGCACGGCGCACCCCAACUCCUUCCGCAUCUCCAAGCUGAUGCUCUACGUCUUUGUCACCAUCCACUGGAACGCCUGCGUCUACUUCGCCCUCUCCGGCUACGUGGGCUACGGGGCGGACGAGUGGGUCUACCCCAACGUCAGCAUCCCCGGCUUUGAGCGCCUGCUGCGCCAGUACCUCUACAGCUUCUACUUCUCCACCCUCAUCCUCACCACGGUGGGCGACACGCCCAUGCCCCACCGCGAGGAGGAGUUCCUCUUCAUGGCGGCCGACUUCCUGCUGGCCGUCAUGGGCUUUGCCACCAUCAUGGGCAGCAUGACCUCGGUCAUCUCCAACAUGAACCAGGCCGAUGACGCCUUUGUCCCCAAAUCGGACCUGGUCAAGGGCUACCUGCGCACCCACUGCGCCAGCCGCCGCCUCCAGAACCGCGUGGUGGAGUGGUACCAGCACCUGCAGAUGGAGAAGAAGAUGACCAACGAGCUGCAGAUCCUGCAGCACCUCCCCGAGCGCUUGCGGGCCGAGGUGGCCAUCAGCGUCCACCUGGCCACGCUCCGCAAGGUGCAGAUCUUCCAGAGCUGCGAGCAGAGCCUGCUGGAGGAGCUGGUCCUCAAGCUCAAGCCGCAGGUCUACAGCCCCGGGGAGUACGUCUGCAAGAAGGGCGACGUGGGCCGGGAGAUGUACUUCAUCCGGGAGGGGAAGCUGGCCGUGGUGGCCGACGACGGGGUCACCCAGUAUGCCGUGCUGGGAGAGGGGCUCUACUUUGGGGAGAUCAGCAUCAUCAACAUCAAAGGGAACAAGUCCGGGAACCGCCGCACGGCCAACAUCAAGAGCAUCGGCUUCUCGGACCUCUUCUGCCUGUCGAAGGAGGACCUGACGGAGGUCCUGGCCGAGUUCCCCAGCGCCAAGGCCAUGCUGGAGGCCAAGGGCAGGGAGAUCCUGCUCAAGAUGGACAAGCUGGACGUCAACGCCGAGGCGGCCGAGAUUGCCCAGCUGCAGGAGGAGGAGCGCCGGACGGCCGCCCUGGAAGAGGGUCUGGACGCCCUGCAGACCAAGCUGGCGAGAAUCUUGGCGGGACUUGAAUCCAGUGCCUUUAAGGUGGCUCUGCGCCUGGAGCGCCUGGAGUGGCAGAUGCGGGAGUGGGGGGCUGAGGAGGAGGCGGAGAGGGAGGGGGUUGAGCCUUAG